AUGGCAUUCGACCCCUACACCCAAAACAUCACCAUCCUCCUCUCCCCCUCCGCGCCGCCAAUCUCCAUCCCCAUCCCCCUCAUCGACGCCUUCAACGACGAGACGGCCAGCAUCAUCACAAACUACGCCGCCCAGCUCGGCGCCGCCAUCACCAUGCUCCUCGUCCUCGUCGCCGCCACGCCCUCGUCCCGCCUCCUCCGCGCCAGCACCCUCCUCCACGCCGCCGCCCUGCUCGUCUGCGUCGCCCGCACCGUCCUCCUCGCCUACUUCUUCCUCACCCCCUUCUCGCACUUCUACCAGGUCUGGACCGGCGACUUCUCCGCCGUCCCCGCCUGGAACUACCGCGCCAGCAUCGCCGGCACCGUCCUCUCCACGCUGCUCGCCGUCGUCACCGACGCCGCCCUCGUCCACCAGGCCUGGACCAUGGUCUCGCUCUUCGCCCCGAGGAUCAAGUUCGCCGUCUGCGCCCUCUCCCUGCUCAUCACCCUGCUCGCCGUCUCCUUCCGCGUCGCCUACACCGUCAUCCAGUGCGAGGGCAUCGCCGACCUGGCCGCGCCCCGGAGGUACGCCUGGCUCAUCCGCACCACGCUCAUCUGCAACAUCUGCUCCAUCGGCUGGUUCUGCGCCCUCUUCAACUCCAAGCUCAUCUCGCACCUCGUCAGCAACCGCGGCGUGCUGCCCUCUCGCCGGGCUAUGACCCCGAUGGAGGUGCUCAUCAUGGCCAAUGGCAUCCUGAUGAUUGUUCCCGUCAUCUUCGCCAUCCUCGAAUGGCACCACUUCAUCAACUUCGAAUCCGGCUCCCUCACCCCAACCUCCAUCGCCAUCAUCCUCCCCCUCGCCUCCCUCGCCGCCCAGCGCAUCGCCACAUCCUCCGCCUCAAAGCAUCACAACCACCCCUCCUCCUCCUCCGCCCGCUACAAGGCCUCCCGCGACUCCGCCUCCCGCACGCCCCUCAACGCAAAGCCCGGAUCCCUCUUCACGACCACCACGUGCAACAGCACCGCUUCUUCCUCUGCCGCGCAGCGGACUCGGUCUGUAGAUGCUUCGGGAAUGUUGGCUGCUGCUGCUGGGCCUGCUAGAGGAGGCGACUUUAUCGAUCCGAUUGAUCUUGAGCUGAGGCAAAUCGAUGGCUAUGCGCAGCCAAACGAGGUCCACUUCCAGCAAGACGAAGGCCAGCAGUUCCACAAGUAG